UCUCCAAGAUGGCGCCGGCGGAAGGGGCAGGGUACGGCCGGGAGAUGAUGGCAGCGUCGAGGCUGGAGCUGAACCUAGUGCGGUUGCUGUGCCGCUGCGAGGCGAUGGCAGCGGAGAAGCGGGACCCGGAAGAGUGGCGUCUGGAGAAGUACGUGGGAGCCCUUGAGGACAUGCUGCAGGCCCUGAAAGCCCAAGCAAGCAAACCAGCCUCUGAGGUGAUCAAUGAAUAUUCCCGCAAGGUGGAUUUCCUGAAGGGGAUGCUGCAGGCAGAGAAGCUGACCUCUGCCUCAGAGAAGGCACUAGCCAACCAGUUCCUGGCCCCUGGCCGCGUACCAACCACAGCCAGGGAGCGGGUGCCUGCCACGAAGACGGUGCACCUGCAGUCACGGGCACGAUACACUAGCGAAAUGAGGAAUGAGCUGCUAGGCACGGAUUCUGCUGGAGAGCCCAAGCUGGAUGUGAGGAAGAGAACCGGGGUGGCAGGGCCCAGAUCAGGGGAUGAGAAACAAUCAGCAGCCGAGCUAGACGUCGUCCUGCAGCGGCAUCAGGACCUCCAGGAGAAGCUGGCGGAGGAGAUGCUGGGCCUGGCCAGGAGCCUCAAGAGCAACACGCUGGCCGCCCAGAGCGUCAUUAAGAAGGACAACCAGACCCUGUCACACUCCCUCAAGAUGGCUGACCAGAACCUGGAGAAGCUGAAGACCGAAUCGGAGCGGCUGGAGCAGCACACACAGAAGUCGGUCAACUGGCUGCUCUGGGCCAUGCUUAUUAUCGUCUGCUUCAUCUUCAUCAGCAUGAUCCUCUUCAUUCGCAUCAUGCCCAAACUCAAAUAAAGACCUGUGCUGGCCCA